GACCUGGACGGAUUAGGGUGUUACAGUAGGAGCCAUCAUCUUCGUCCUCGUCACCGUACACUUGCCCAAGGAACGUGCCUUGGUACGGUGGGGGGACGUAGUUGACGCGAUGGAAGUAUGCGUUCAUGGCGUCCGCUUGGCGUUGAACAGCCUCGUCGAGCCGCUCAAGGUAGCCAUCCAUCCCGUAAACUUUGAAGUGAAGCCGGUUGAGGGAGUCGGUGAUGGAGGCAAGGUUGGCCCGGGCCUGGGGUUCGGCUGGGCCAGCAGCAGAACGGCGCUGUGGCGCGGUAGUGGCAGUGGCAGGUCCGGCGUUGUCCGACCGCUUCAUGAAGAUUUGGGUGCUGAUCGCCCAAAUCUUCGUGGCCUUCGUGAGUGGGCCAACGGUGGUGAUCACCUUGAACCGUUCAAGGAUGUCCAUCACCACGAACGGGUACGGGAGGAGGUGAUCGUGGUCGGUGGACGCGGCAAUCGUCAUGUUGAUCAUGACAAACUUUGCCCAAUUGAUUGGGGCCGAGUGCAUGAUCGCAUGGAUGAGCUUGAGGUCCUCACCGGACAUGAUUGUGUGGCCGUGCUUACGGGGUUUGAUGAUCCGGGACACGAUGUAGAGAACAAGACGGCCUUCGGGGUUAGCGGAGUGGAUGGUGGGGCGGCACGAGGCAUGGCGGAUGAGCUCGGUGAUGCCAAGCUCGUUGAGGAUAAGGCCCUCGUAGUUGAGCACCCAGUCCUCUCCGCCAUAGUGGGAGACGUCAUCGCCUUGGUAGGGGAGGCCGGCGAUGCACCCAAGCUGCUCAACGGAAAGCUCUAUCGGCGUGCUCUUGACAAGAGAGUAGAGCACGUCGCCCUCACGUCGGAGGUUGGAGUAGAAGACCCGAAUCGGCGUCGGGUUGAUCUCCUUCCGAGCCUGGGAGACAAAUGGCCAAAGGCCGGCUUGAUGACGCUGUUGUAUUUAGGUGCCCUAGCGGCAAUCAAAUACCUAUGUAACUGUACACUUUAUCAUGAAUGAAAGGCCUUGAACCAUCACAAAGAAGAGAGAAGAAAAUUAUAUUUUGUGUUCAAAGUUAUUUUUCUAAAGUGUUAGAAAUAUACACAAAAUAUUAUAAACAAAUAUUUAUAAGAUAAAUAUUUUACUAUAUAUUUAUUACUCCCAAAGUAGUAUUAUUAUAGUUUUUACUAUCCUAUAUUAAACUUGCUAGCACAAG